AUGCAUUUUAUUGGGCUGGUGCGACAGAAUCACCCUAGGCAGGCGCUUUCCCCGCGUGAUGCAUCUCUGUCAGAGCUGCUAGCCACGAUGCAUGACCCGAAAUCAACCGAUUCCCAGUGCAUCAAGAGUUCCAAACUGCAGACCAAUCAAGUGGAGUUGAAUGCGGAACAACAUACUGCUGCUGCUGCUUCACCGUCAUCUUCCAUCGUGCCGGCUGAAGCGAUGAAGUGCGGCAAAGCACCCCCAGAAAAGGAUAUCAGUGCCACCUGCCAGGAAGUUGACAGUGCGCUGCAAGCCGAAAGGAAAGAGAAGCGACGGAUCGCGCGACGCUCGCGUCUGUAUUAUGAUGAUUUCGUCACGCUGGACACGAGCAUCAUGCUGAAGGUAUACGUCGGUGCACUGUCGCUCCACUAUGAGGCGCUUAGUGUGGAAGCAUCGAAACAGACUACGGCAGAGGAGAUCGUUUCCUGUAUCGUCGAGCGGCUGGGUCUAACGGGAAACAACUAUGAGCUGGCGGAAGUGGCCGGCGAGUGCAAGGAGAGGCGACUUUCCGCGCACGAAAAACCCGUCUCCGUUAUGCUGCUGUGGCCGAUGCACUCGGAGAAAGAUUUUCACAGAUUCUAUCUACGUGAAAUACAAAGCGACGUUCCUUGGCUAGAUAGUUACGGACUCGAUCCACAGAUACUUAGAGAUUUUAUACCAUUUUUGUUGCAAAAAGAAAAUAGAGAAUAUCCUGACCUGUGCCAACUACCCGAUCUUAAUGAAGCAACACUACUCGAAAACCUCCGCCAGCGGUUCGAGGCCGGCCACAUCUACACGUACGUCGGCAGCAUCCUGAUCGCAGUGAACCCGUUCAAGUUUCAUCCAAUCUACAAUCCAAAGUAUGUGCGGCUCUACCAGAAUCAGCGGAUCGGCCCGAUCCUGCCGCCGCACAUCUUCGCCAUCGCGGACAACGCUUACUAUAACAUGCUGAAGGAGAAACGCAACCAGUGUAUCGUUAUCAGCGGCGAAAGCGGUUCCGGCAAAACCGAAAGCACCAACUUCCUGCUCCACCAUUUAACUGCCCUCUCGCAGAAGGGCGCCCACGGGUCUGGCGUGGAGCAGACCAUCCUCAGUGCCGGACCCGUCCUGGAAGCGUUCGGUAAUGCAAAAACGGCCCACAACAACAAUAGCAGUCGGUUCGGAAAGUUUAUCCAAGUGAAUUACCGCGAGAAUGGCAUGGUACAGGGUGCGGUUGUCCAGAAGUAUCUGCUCGAGAAGAGCCGCAUCGUUUCGCAGGGCCACUACGAGCGCAACUACCACGUGUUCUACUAUCUGCUGUCCGGUGCAACCGAUACCGAACGGGAUGCGCUACAUCUGCUGCCGGCGGACAAGUAUCACUACCUGAAUGCAAAGAAUCUCACGCUGGAGAACUGUGACGAGAAGUAUGAGUUCUCGCGCCUCAAACAGAGCAUGGAGAUGGUGGGCUUUUCGGCGGAGAAGCAACGCCGACUGUUUAACGUGCUGUCGGCCGUACUGCUGCUCGGCAAUGUGGAGUUCUUCCCGAAGAAGUCGACCUACCAUCAUGACGAAAGCGUACAGGUGCGAAACCCGGACGUGGUUGGGCUAAUAUCGGAGCUGCUGCGCGUCAAGCAGGAGACGCUGAUGUCGGCGCUCACGUCCAAGCGCGUGAAGGCAAGCGGUGAAACGCUAAUCAUGCAGUACAAGCUGCCGGAAGCGAUUGCUGCCCGGGAUGCGCUAGCGAAGUGCCUUUACGGGGCGCUGUUCGAUUGGAUCGUGCUGCAGGUGAAUCAUGCGCUGCUGAACAAGGAUCAGGUUUUGCAUACGGGUCACUCGAUCGGGGUGCUGGACAUAUUCGGUUUUGAGGAUUUUGGGCCCCAGAAUAGCUUCGAGCAGCUGUGCAUUAACUACGCGAACGAGCAUUUACAGUAUUACUUCAAUCUGCACGUGUUCAAGUACGAACAAAAAGAAUACAAACGCGAGGGAAUUAAAUGGACUGAUAUAGAAUUUCUAGACAAUUACGGCUGCUUGCAGCUGUUUGAAUCGAAACCAUCCGGUUUGCUGUGUAUACUGGACGAUCUGUGCAAUUUUCCCGGUGCCACAAACGAAACGUUACUGCAAAAGUUCAACAGUGUUCACAAGGAUAAUGCAUUUUACGAAAAGCCACAGCGCAAAGAGAACGCAUUUAUCAUUAAGCAUUACGCGGGCAAGGUGAAAUAUCAGGUUGCCGAAAUGCGUGAAAAGAAUCUCGAUCUAAUGCGGCAGGACAUUGUGAGCGUGCUGAAAAAUUCGAGCAUGGCGUUCGUGCGCGAACUGGUCGGAGCGGAUCCGGUGGCCGUGUUUAGGUGGGCGAUUUUGCGUGCCUUUUUUCGCGGCUAUUUCGCAUUCCGGUCGGCUGGCAUUAAGCAUCGCAAGGAUCGCGCCGACAUGUCGUUCAACAAGUUGGCGACAAAGACACGAUACCGUGCGCCGAACGAUAGUAUCGUAAGCCAUCUCGUGACGGUCUCAUCGGUGAACCUAACAAUCAAUCGAAUUGCCAAACGCAUCAGCAAUGCCAUGAGCGAUAUCACAUCGGGCCAUAGUAACAACCAGUCCGGCUCACCCGGUAGCAAUCUGUCCUACCAUCGGCAGUCCCUUGGGAAUGCCGGUUACGGUGGUGGGAUCGGUUCGUCGUCACCCGGCGGUACUGCAGGUACACCUCGGCGGUCAUGGUCGAGCUUUGCGUUCAACAAUAAAAAUUUCCCCGACGGCAAGCUGAACUACGAGUGCCACCAGCAGCAGGAUCAUGCUCCUCAGUACCAAUCGAAACAUCAGCAAUCGGGGUCUUCCUCGUCCCUUUCCUCGAAUUACGGCGGUGGGGGAAAUGGCAAAUCAUCGACAAAUACAAACGCUUCCGGCGCACAGGUUGGCGGUGGAGGCGCUAGUGGCAAAGGAUACGGGUUUGGGUCGGCAGCGGCGCGGAACCGGUUUGAACGCUCCGGCCAGGACGUAAUGGCUCGUGCGUCGCAGAUCGUAAUGAAAAACAAAUCCUUUCGCCCACGAGAGCGGCCCAAAAAGGGGCUCAAGAAUCUUCAGUCGGUGAAAACGCUUUCGGCCGGUCAGAAUCUGUCCAACCAAACCUCCGCCAUUAAAACGCGCAAACAGCCACUUACCGUGACAGCCCAGUUUCAAAUUUCACUGAUCGCAUUGAUGGAAACGCUAAACCAGGCAAAUCCAUUCUUCAUUCGGUGCAUCAAAUCGAACCCGAACAAAAUACCGAACCAGUUUGAUGAUGCAACAGUUACGAGACAGCUUCGGUAUACGGGCAUGCUAGAAACGGUCCGUAUAAGACGAGCAGGCUAUAACGUACGUCUGACGUAUGAGGAAUUCAUCCAGCUGUACCGCAUCCUGCUGCCAAAGGGACUGGUUAGCUCUCAGAAGGAUGUGCGGGACUUCAUGAGCACGAUGGAUUUGAACAAGCAGCACUACCAGCUCGGCCUGACCAAGAUUUACAUGCGUGAGUCGCAAAAGAUACGGUUGGACAUAUCGCUGCACACCAAGAUCAUCGACAGCAUCAUCUGCAUUCAGCGCUGGUUCCGUGCGAUCCUACAGCGCAAAAAGUAUUGCCAGUAUCGAACCGCCGCCUGCACCAUCCAGUCCUACUGGCGCGACUAUUUGCGCGAGAAGCAGGAGAAAUUUACGCGCAAAAUACGCAACCAUGCCGCCACGGUGAUUCAGGCGACGUGGCGCGGUUACACGGUGCGCAAAUGGUACGGCAAACUAAAGACGGGUGUGUUGAUUGUACAAGCGCGCCUUCGCGGCAACCAAGCGCGGUCGCGGUUCAAGGAGCUGCUUAGCAAAAAGUUGCAGCGUGAACGGUCCAAACUUCGCUCGACCCAAAGUUUGCCGGUGGAGCAACCGGUCGGUUCGACAGCUGCUGGUGGAUCGUAUGGAGGAGGUGGAGGAUCAACGUAUCCGGAGGUAGUACAGGCGAUCGAACAUAGGAAGAAGCCAAUACCGGUGGUGGGACGUAGCUUCGAGACGGCCAUUGACAUUGUGAACAAAAAUCGGGCACUCUUCGCCGAUGACAGCAUGUCGGCUGACUUUAUCGACGACGAUGAGGAUGAGGAUGAGGAGGAGGAGGAAGAGGAGGAGACGCAAAGCAGUCGGCAGGCAACGGUCACGGCAGUCGUCGGGGAGGAGGAAGACGAUGAUGAGGAUGAUGAAGAGGGUUACGAAGAUUUGGGUCUGGUGGACGAUCCACACUACAUGGCGAAUAACCGGUCAGCUCUGUUGCAGCCGGUGAAGGCACCCGCACAAUCGACGACGGUGAAUAGCGCACUAUUAGAUAGGAAUGAAAAGUACAUCAAAAGUCUGGCCAUAUCUGGCGGCGCAGCGUCCUCUUCUGCACCGUCUGCCGCGAACUAUUCUGCUCCCAUUGGUGGCAGCAGUUCGUAUCAGAAAAGUCCCCUGCAGCGCCAGGAAGAUGUUCUCGAUCGACCGCUCCGAAUGUACGACAUCGAGCGGGCAAGCAAGAGCACCUUCGACGAUACCGAGCUGGCCAAGUAUCGGUACGAGCGGGGUGGUGGUGUGAGCAGCACGGUGAAACUGCCCGUGCGGCGUGUCGAUUCUGGCCCGUCGUCGGUGGCUGGCAGUGGGGCCAGUAGUGGAUCCGCCAUCGGUCGACCGGGUGUGCAGCGGUUUCGCUACGGUGAUACGGCGUCGUACGGCGGCAGUGGCAUGAUUCGAAAUCAGAACCACAGCAAUAAUAGUUAUAGUAAUAGCAAUGUUGAAAUCGUGUUUGUAAAUACCGGACUAGAUAGCGUGGGGGCGCCGGCCGGAACUGGUGGUGGUGCUGGUUCCCUUUCGUCGUCGCCGGCCCCAAGGAAUCUCAAUCGAAAUAGCAUAAGCAGCGGAACGCUUACCCAAACGCAGGUACCAUCGUCGCUGACGGCCAGUAUGCGGCGGGACUCGUUGCCCGUAAGCCAUCACAGCAGCUUGGCGGCGAGUGCACGCACGCAGGGAGACGAAAUUAACUCCAACUAUCAUAUGCAUCAGCAGCAGCAGCAGCAACAACAGCAACAAUCGUCUUCGGCCGUCGUUCCACACCACCAGCAAAGCCAAUCGACGUCCUCGUUGGUCCAUUCGCCCCAUUCGCUGCCGUUGGUAAGCUCGGGCCACAUUGGAAACUACCAGAACUUACAGUUUCCACCGACCUCGAACUACCACCAACAUCAUCACCAUCACCAACAGUCGGUGUACAACAACAACGCCCAGCCGGUCGGUAAUACGGGUGUAAAGAUGGCCACCUCUACGCCGUACAGUGCGGGCAGCAAUAGUUCCUACUCGGGAGCAUCCGCGUCCGCCAGCAGCCAGCGUGUAUCGGCAGCCUAUCCGGAUGAUUUCGCACAAAACUACUACACGACGACGACGGCCACACCGAAGGGCAAGGCGGCCGCACUGCUCGGCACGGCCAAAUCGGAAGACAGUGCUGUAUCGAAUCAGGCACCCAAGUACCCGAUGGGCGCAACGCUCGCCAAAGCGGACAGCAGCGAUAUGGUCCUAUCGGCUGGGAGCAAAUCGGCAAUGAAUCAAAGCACCGCUUCAACGGCCAACGCUAGCAGCCGGCGCAUGAAAACGACAAACCUCAGCGAGGAACAGCUGGUCGGUGGAAGUUCCGGUUCCGCCGUCAGCUACCAUCCCGGCACGGGUCUGACGCGUCGCGGACCUGUCGGUUCCAGCAAUCCCAGUGGCAGUGGUAACACCAGCAGCAGCACGAGCGUCGGUGGUGAUACUCUCAAACGACGCAAUUCGGAUCCGACUAACAAAAUCCCACUGCUGGAGGUGAACCGCGGCAACGAUAUGUACCAGUCGAGCACGCGCAUCAACAUCGCCGGGCACCAGUUUCGGAAGGUGCAGCGUAUCAACAAGGCGGAACGGUGCGCCUGCUGCCAGGAGAUCGAUUCGUUCGUAAACGAGGGCUACCGUUGUCUGGACUGCAAAGUGCUGGUGCACACCAAGUGCAUCCAGAACGGUGGCAUCAAAUCGCUGCAGUGUGCGGCGGCCAAGCGGUCGAAGCGCAUUCGCACCGGUGGUGGUGGCGGUGCCGGUGGUGGCAGCGGACUCGGCGGCUCGAGCAAACACGACAAGCAUCAUCCGAUCGGGGGCGGUACCGCGAGUGGUCAGAAAAUCUCGUCCACACGCGAAUACACCGACUCGACCGACAAGAUCAUCAGCGAUGCCAAAGAGCUGCAGCUAAUGCAGGACUUCAUCACGCAGAAGAUCUGCAAGAUGGAGAACGACUGCGAGAAACCGUCGGAGGUGGAUCGUGUGUUUAAGCAGGCGCUGCGCGAGUUCAAGGACAAUCUGGUCGCACAGUACAGUGUGGCGCACCGGCAGAACUCGGACGUGCUGAACAUCAAAUACCGCGAUCUGAUUGCCAACUUCGAGCAGGUGAUCGAAACGACGUCCGGGCGCAAAAACGAUUUCCCGCUAACGAUGGGCGUUAAUGCGUUCCGUGGCUUCAUGAACGAGUUUAUGAACUCGCGGGAAACGGAAAAACCGAAAACGAAACGAAAGAAGGAUAAGAAACGAAAACACGACGAUCAUACCACGUUCAAUGGACAUACAUUCCAGUUAACGAUACUCAACAUUGCGACAGCAUGCGAAAUAUGUCAACAGUUUCUCCUGUGGCCAAUCGAGCGUGGACUGGUGUGCCAAAACUGCAAGCUAACCUGCCACAAAAAGUGCUACCAAAAGUCAGCAUCGUGCAACAAGAUCGCCAACGCUGAUCCAAACUCAUUGCUCGGUGCUGGUGGCAGCGGUUCGGCCGUUGUUGCCGGCGGUUGCGGACCGGACGGCCAGCCCCUCUACGGUGGUGGCAUUCCGACGAAGCUUUUUGGCGUACCGCUAACGGCACUCUGUGGCAGCAACAGCGAUGGCGUAAAGAUACCGGCCCAGAUCACCAAGCUGAUCAUGAUGAUCGAAAUGCACGGUCUGUACUCGGAGGGCAUCUAUCGGAAGAGCGGUGUCAGUUCGAAGAUUAAGGAUCUGAAGGCAAAGAUGGAUCGUGCGGUCACGAGUGCGGACGGUGGUGGUGGUGAGAUGGACUUUGAAUCGUACAACGUGCACGUGCUAACGAACGUGCUGAAAUCGUUCCUGCGCGAAAUGCCCGAACCGCUGCUGACGUUCGAUAGGUACGAUGAUUUUCUGCGUGCGGCCGAUCUGUCCGACGGAAGCGAUCGCGUGCAGACGCUGCUGUCGCUCGUGAAAAAGAUCCCGCCAGCCCAUCACUGUUUGUUCGAGCGGUUAAUCUUCCAUCUGGCGCUGGUGGCGAAGCUGGAACAGUACAACCGCAUGUCGGCUAGUUCACUGGCGAUCGUGUUUGCGCCGUGUGUGCUCCGCACCAAUCGGUACGUACCGGCGCAGGACAGCCUAAACGAUAUCGGCCGUCAGACGAAGUGCAUGGAAACGCUCAUCACGCAGAAGAUGCUGAACGUGAAGAGUACACUGGCGGACAUUGAUACGCUUGACACGGCCGCUCACACGGCUACGGCGCGACUCAGCACACUGCGCAGCAGCAAGGUGUUCACGCACGAGGAGAUGGCAAAUGCACGCGGUGGCAGCGGAUUGCCGACCGGUGGGUUGCUCGAAACGGAAACCGAGGAGAUGCUGCUCGAGGGCCAUAUACAGGAGAUACGCAAGGAGAAAGCGCUGCUCACCUCGACGCUGCCGAGUUUGGCGCGUGCCAGCUCGGAUGACGAUCUGCUUUCGACCGAUCUGGACGGUGAGGGAGGCAGUUUGGACGAUUUAAGCAACAGCAAAGAGAAAGACCUCGACGUAAGCAGUAGUGGUGGAGGUGGCAGUGGAGGAGGCAACAUGAUUAGUGACAGUGGCAUCUCGAUACGCUACCAGGCACCCUCCGAUCACGGCGGUAGUAGUAAUGUUAGUCUUAAUAAUGACGUCCCGAUGGCUGUGAGUUAUUCGUUACGUGAUCAGAGUGGAGCGGGAGGCUCGGGGGGUAGCGGUGGUGCGUUAGCCGGUGUGGACUACUUCCAUAAGAUGGGUUCGUCGUCUGGUGUGACUUCGGGUGCACCGGGUGUGAAGACGAAAUCCCUCUCCCACCAGACACUGCUCGAGCGGGAAGCCUUUCUUCGCGGCAGUGGGUCCACGUCCGCCUCCUCGCCCCAGUCACCAACGGCCGCAACAUCCGCGACUGCCUCCUCCACACCGUCGUCCUCGGCAUCGGCACCAUCGAUGAUAAAGUCGCAGCAAAAUGGCAACGGCACAAUCGGCAGUGGCGCCGUAGGUGAUCGUGUUGGUUCGAGCGGGUGCAGUGGAACUGGCGGUGGAUCGGCGGGGGGUAAUGGUAGCGGAACGGUGGCACCGACGGCAAACAGUGCCGGCAAACGGGCCGAUAUCAAUCUGAGCCACUCGAUGAUCACACUCUCCACCACGUCGCACAGUCUCGGUGGCAGUACGACCAGCAGCAGCAGUAGUAGCGGUGUCGGCGGAAGCACUGGCAGCACCGGUAGUGGGAGUGACCUACAGCGACAGAAGCCGAUCAUUAUCCGGAGCGUGUCCGGUGGGUACGAGGUAGGCCAUCAUCACGGUUCUACGUCGGCAGUCGGUUCCGGUACGGCGAACCCGGCGACAAACCACCGGAUAUUGAUACAGGGUUCGCCGGCACUGCCAAUCACGGCCGGUGCAGCAACCAUCACGACCACCCCGUCCGGUUCCGGUGCUACCUCCACGUCCGCUUCCAGCUCUUCCAUCAACUCCACGAACCUGCACGCGAAAGACAAUAAUGGGAUGGGAAAGGAGGGCAGUGGCGGUGGCGGUCUGUCAUCGUCGUCGUCGGCCAGCGCCAAACUCGUUUCACGGCGGAUGUCCGGCGGCACCAACAAACGAUCUGGCGGGGGCGGUAGUGCGGGGGGCGGUUCGAGUAGUGCAGCCGGUGGACCGGGACCGCCCGCCGGAGACGACGAACCAAUCAUGGUUUGA